CUCAGAAGCAGCUUCGCCAGACAGCCGCAACGUACAUGUUGACUGCCCGAGGCGGAAGUCGAUCGGCAGAGCGGAAGGGGGACCUGCAGAGGACCUUCCGACAGGUUGGUCAGACCAUGCCCAUGGUUCCUCCUCGACUUGACUAUGAAUGCCGCAUCUGUUGAAUGAAUGCAGUUUCUGCUGUUGCUUUCCAUUUUGGAUAGAAGUGAUUGCAAAUCUUAUCAAAAUAAUGAAAAAAAAAACACUUUUCAAUUCCUUUUCAACCCUUUUGAGUCUGAGGGGCAGCUGUACAUUAAAUGAAACCAUAUGUAUCAUAAUUUCAUUUUUCCAUCAAAAAGGCUUUAAAGGAAAUUCCCCUUUUUCUCCAUGUUUUGCAAUCUUUUUUGUUCCUUUUGUUAAAAUCAGAUUAAUCUCAUGAAACAUCUGAGGCAUUUCAGUCAAUUUAAGACCUGAGAAAAUAUCAUGCUGCUAGUUCUGAAACGAUCUGAAGUGUGAAUCAUGUGAUCACCAAAUAGAGGAACAACUGAAAAAUGUGAAUGAAAGAAAUCACAGCCUCUGAAAUCAGAUUGCUUAGAUUCAAAUCCUAGCUCUACCACACACUAUCUGAACGCUCUCCAGCAAGAGCACAUCUGCAUUAAAAGAUGUCAGACUCAGAGGAUCUUCCCAAAGGCAAGCACCAGCUGCAUUCACACAGGAAAUGAACCAUGUUCACUGAGAAACUACUGGAAGAUUUGAACAGCUUUUUCAAUGAGAACCUAUACCCAAACCCCAGCCUUCAGUGGGCUUCGAAAAUCGAAAUACAUCCAACAGUACUGGAGGUCUGGUUCGAGAACCACAGAGCAAAACUUAAGAAAGCAAAAUGCAAGCAUGUUCAGCAAAAACAAGAAACUCAACAACCAUCAAUACCAGAGGGCGAAGUCAAGACCAGUGCUGGCCUGAGAAAUACAGACACGCUACUCAGAUUCCCCAAUGCUGCUCAUCCUAUCGGCCUGGUGUAUAUGAAUCUUCGGGCACCCUCAUUCCUACUCAUUCUGUACCCCAACCUUAAGGUCCCUACAAAUGACUUCCCUGGCCAAAAAAUAGUCCAUUUUGGCUGCUGCCAAAAUCCUAAUGUAUACUGCCUCUAGCCCAUUUGGGAAUCCCAAGUUUGUUCUCCACGCUUCAAUUCUAGUUCUUCUUCCUGUUCAUCUCUACAAAGUUGAGAGAGAUGCUAAAUACAAAAAAUUACAUAUUGUAAAAACAAAACACUGGUGGUUUUUGUGGAUACUCUUCAUCAGGUUGAAGGUUGAAGAAGUUCCCUUCUAUUCUAAGUUUGUUGAGAAUUUGUAUUAUGAAUUUGUAUUUUUCUGUGUCCAUUGAAAUGAUCACAUGGUUUUUGCCCUUCAUUCUAUUAUGUUCAUUUCCACGUGAAUUUCAUUUUCCUGAACUUUUACAAGGGAAAUAUAGAUUUUAUAAUUUUAUGACUAGAACUCUCCUGUUGUUUUUGUGAAGUGUCAAAAAAUAUGGUGGCUUAAUUUCUGAGAUCUCCAGACUCUGUUCCCCUCCCUACUUUUUCUGGCCCUGUUCUUUCUUUUGUC